AUGGCUCCGUCGGAGGGAUCAGAGGGCGAGCGUACCAUCGCGUUAAAACGAGGUCAGUCGCAAGUUGGCAAAGCCGACUUCCCGGAAAAUGGUGUCAAGACGCAAAAGUACACCCCGUGGAACUUCCUGCCCAAGAAUAUUUGGGAGCAGCUCCAGAAGUUCGGCAAUUGCUACUUUCUAGUCAUAUCCGUGAUCAUGUACCUCGGGGAGAAGACGCCUCUUUUUGUUGGGACGAUCAGAGCAUUCUCAACGCUUGGCCUGCUAGUCAUGAUGAUGGCCGUCACUGCAGCCAUGGCUUUGUAUGACGACCUGCAGCGGCAACGCGCUGAUUAUGAGAUCAACACCUCCGAAGCCAAGAAAGUCAGAAAGGGGGAAAGGGAGGCGGACCUGCACAAUCUCAGAGUUGGAGAUGUCCUCGUCGUGUCGAAGGACACCGGACACUUCGGCCGUCUUUUGUGGUGCUUCAAAGCGAAAUGUUGUAGGCCUCCUCGAGUUUUGGCAAACCCUCCGAGCAAGAAUUUCUUGUACAAACCGGUGGUGCAAGCUUUGCUUUCUGCUGUUUUGGUCGGUGCAGGACCUAGAUUCUAG